CGUCCAUCCGCGCACGCAGUGCUGGAGCCGCAGGCGGUCCCGCGCUACACUGCAGACCUCGAGGUGCGCGGCCCGGGCCGGCGUGAGAUCCUCUGGACUUCCCAGCUGAAGCUGGCUACCCUGCUCGGCCAGGAGCGAGGAUGGAAAGGCGGGUGUUCGGGAGGUCCUUCUGUCAUCUGUCUACCUACAGACUGAUUUGGUUCUUGGCAGCAGUGAUGCUAUGCAGGGCACAAGUGCUGACCCAAAACAAAAGAGAGAAGAUGAACACACCUGCUUCCUUACAGUGCUUUCUGGAAUCUUCCCAGGAAGUCUUGAUUGUGACAUGGCAGAAAGUCAAGGCUGUAAGUCCAGAAAACAUGGUCACCUUCAGCAAUGAACAUGGGGUUGUGGUCCAGCCUGCUUUUAAGAAUAAGAUGAACAUAACUGAGCUGGGACUUCGGAACACGACCAUUACCUUCUGGAACACCACUCUGGAGGAUGAGGGGUGUUACCGGUGCCUCUUCAACACCUUCGGUGCUGGGAAGAUGGUGGGAGAACCCUGCCUCAUUCUCUUUGUACAGCCCACAGUAUUCCUUCACACUAAAUACUUUGAAGGCCAUCUAAAUGUCACUUGUUCUGCCAAUGCCCGCCCAGCCCCUUUGAUCUCCUGGAAGGUCUCUGGGUCAGGAAUGGACAACAGUACUGAGACUAUCUCUCAUCCCAAUGGGACCACAUCUGUCAUCAGUGUCCUCCAGGUCAAAGACCCCAAGAAUCAAGUGGGGAAUGAGGUGAUCUGCCAGGUGCAGCACCUGGGCACCCUGACUGACUUCCGGCAAGCUCUAAACAAUGGUUUUUGGUUUUCAGUUCCACUACUGUUAAGUAUUGUUUCCCUGGUAAUUCUUCUGAUCUUAAUCUCAAUCUUACUAUACUGGAAACGUCGCCGGACCCAAGACAGAGUUAAGCUGCCUAGCGAAGGAAGGUAUGAUGCAAUUUCUCUUUGCACCAUUCCUGAAGGGAUCAUUAUAGUUACUUCUCAUGAGACUGAAACAAGCCUUAGAAGAGUCACAGAAUCCUGAACAUUCGUCACUGGUCUACUUGAAGCUGAUGCAGGAAGAAAGGGUCAUCUCCAGGGACCUAUGAGAGCAAAAGAGGUGGAAAUAAAAGGCCUAAGAAUUUCAAGACUUCCUACUGCCAUCUAAGCUCCCAAUACCUGUGUGAGUUCCCGGAGGAAGUCGUCUGAUCCUCAGGUCUGUUGUAGGAACUGAUUUUGUAAAGCAGCGCAGUGUUGUGCUACUGAACGGAUGCCGGACUCAGAAUCAGUGGCCACAGCUUGAGACUGACUUUGCCUGAGACUGGCACCAACCCUGUUAAUCACAUUAUUCGGUGAAUUUCCAUGAUGGCAUCCAGAAAAUUAAGAAGUUGGGCCAAAUCAUUUGCCAUUCUGCUCUAAAAAAAUGAAGAAAUCCCGGGAAAAGGGAAAAGAUCUGAAAAAAAAAAUUGGAAAGGUUAGGACCAAAGAACUUUUUUCUGAGAUUACCUUUUGCUUUUCUGUGAUGGUUCCCUCUCUUCUUCCCCGUUCUUAGGUUCAUGAGUCUGUUUCCUUGUCACUUGCUAUCUGGUCCACCGCCUGCUUCCUGCUUUGUUAAUAACUGCUCUCUCUAGAACCCUUGGUUUCACUGCUGUUCUUCAUGUAGUGCUAUGACACUGACCACCAUGAAAAUGGGAUUGAAUUUAUUGUGAAAUAACAUUGGUGACUUCAAUUUUACUUAUUUUUAUAGCAGAAUAAAUAUUGUUAGUCUUAGAUAGCAGCUCCCACUUGUUUCAAAAACAAAAAAAGCAUGCACUCUUUGUCCAUUUGUCUCAUCAUAGGACCUGGCCCUAUUUUAGUCAUUCUGCAUUCAGACUAGUAUAAUGAAAAUAUAUUAUAAAAGCAAGCACUGAGGGAGUUUCCUAAAUAGCAAUUGGCCAGUUCGGAUGCUUUGUUUCUCCUUUCUUCCCUCCCACGAGCUCUCUCUUCCCAGUAGUAGAGGAAGCAUGGGUGAGCGUGCAAUUCCCUUUGUCCUAACUACAUUGUUUUAACUAAUGGGACAAUUUUUGAACUCUUUAAUAAUCAUAAUACCAAAUUAGCAAUUUUUUUCAGUGUCUUUUCUUUUCCUUAUCCAGCGACCUAGAAAUGAAAGCUUAAGUUGUUUUCACUGUUGAAUUGGGUAUUUAUAUAUUUAGUAACCUUUUCAGGUGUUAUUUAAUUAUGUAUUAUUUCUUACAUUUGUAUAAAAUAUUGAAUUAAAAGUUUCAACUCCA